AUGACAACACUUCACAAGCGCAACCAAGAAAGAACUCACGAAGAAAAUCAAGAACGUGCCUACAUCGCAGCAAGCCAUCGAGGGGAUCGUAGCAUGGAGGCACGUAUCGAAUCAGCUCGUAAAGCGUCUGAAAUUCACAAAAAGCGAACGGGCAAAGCUUUACGCAUCACUCCAGAGGAUGUCAGGAACGAAGAGAUGUAUCAAGAAGUUGAUAAUGAAGAGCAUGAGAGAUUGGAGCAAUUUCAUCGAGAUGUAAUUGGUGAACCUCCCCGUCCUCAAGGUCGUGGUGCUCACCUCCCUUACGACCAACAAAAAUAG